CCUAUACUACAAUAUGUCUGAACGUAAAGUCCUCAACAAGUACUUCCCCCCGGAUUUCGAUCCCUCCUUGAUUCCAAGGCGAAAGCAGCCCAAGAAUGCACAACAGGUCGUUCGUCUCAUGGCCCCCUUCUCCAUGCGUUGCAAUACGUGUGGAGAGUAUAUUUAUAAGGGCAAGAAGUUCAAUGCGAGGAAGGAGACAGUGGAGGGAGAGGAUUACUUUGGCAUCAAGAUCUUCCGGUUUUACAUUAAAUGCACACUAUGUUCCGCCGAAAUCACCUUCAAAACCGACCCAAAGAACACAGACUACGCCGCCGAACACGGCGCCUCGCGCAACUUCGAACCCUGGCGCGACGAAAAAGCAGUCGAAGAGGAGGACCGGCUCGCGAAGCUCGAGGAGGAAGAAAACAACCCGAUGAAGGCGCUCGAGAACCGGACGACGGACUCGAAGCGCGAGAUGGACAUUCUCGACGCGUUGCAGGAUAUCAGGGCGCGGAAUGCACGGAAUGAGAGGGUGGGGCAGUCGACGGCGGAGGAUUUAUUGGAGAGGAUUGGGUUGGAGGAGAGGGGCCUUGUGAGCGAGGAGGACGAGGAGAAGAGGAGGCAGGAGGAGGAGGAUGAGAGGUUGGUUAGGGAGGUGUUUUCGAAGGUGCCGAUUGCGUCGGGGAGUGGGUCAUCUUCGCUGUUGUCGUUGGCGGCUGAGAAGGCAGUAGUGGGUGAGGGAGCGGGGUCAGGAGAGGGAGAGUCGUCGACGGCGACGCCGCCACCGCCACCACCACGGACGAUCACGGUGAAGCGGAAGGCGGACGAUGUGGAGCAUGAUUUGCAGAGUCUGUUGCCGGAGAGUACGCGGGCGAUGAUUUCGUCGACGACGCUGACGAUGCAGCCGGCGAAGAAGAAGAAAUCGGAUGCGUCAAAGUCGUUAGGGAUCAAGCUGGUCAAGAAGGGCAAGAAACCUGCCAUUGUUUGAUGGGUUUGGGUGGCGUUCGUGGCGUACUAGUGAUUGUCGUUGGGGAUAAAUUAUUCGCGUACUGUACUUAUCAUGCUUUCUCCGGACAUAUAGUGUAUUCAAUCUGGACUAUGAGUCUUCUGA